AUGCAACUUCAUGGUACCAUUCCUCCACACCUUGGAAACCUCUCAUUCCUUGUUUCCCUCGACAUUAGUAACAACAAAUUCCACGGGAAUUUACCCGAAGAGUUGGCUCAUUUGCCGAGGUUGAAAUUGAUUGAUGUCACAAGUAAUAACUUAACUGGUGUCGUUCCAACAUCUUUAAGUUUGUUACCUAACCUUCAAUACAUGUACCUUUCGAUAAACCAAUUUUCGGGAGAAAUUCCAUAUUCCCUUUCCAAUCUAACAAAGCUGGAAGUGUUGAAAAUAAAGGGAAGCCCUCGAGAACUUGGUGAUCUUCGUUACAUGACUUUCUUAUAUCUGUCACUCAACCAGCUGACUGGCUGUAUCUAUACCACCAUCAAUAUUUAA